AUGCAGUCCGAAAGCACACUGCCGUCCCUCUUCUCACGCGCACUUGGGAACUAUCUUAAGAUUAAAAAAACUGGAACGGUUUCAACAGAUGACAAAUUUAGGGAGUUAAUACAAGACAGCUGUGCAAUAUGUCAAGAGGCCAUUCAGAUGAUCAAUCAACUCGAGCUAUUUAGUAAAAAUGAGUUACUCGAGGAUCUAUCCACUCAAUCAAUUCGUUACCUUACUCUUCCCGCCUUCCUGGCUUUUUUUAAUGGCCAAAAAACCGAUCGAGAGGAGCGGCUAACUACAUUGAAACUUGCUCAGGCAUGCAAAUUCUGUCUUGGUCAAAUUUUUGAUGGUGCUAAUUCGAAAUCGAAACCAUCCGUAGUUAGAUGGGAUCCUAACGCUGUUCGUGAAGAAAAAAUUCGUGCCUACAAGGCGAAAAAAGCUCUUGAACAACGUCUGGAAAACUUCCACUUCCUUGAUACUUCCCAUGUGGACGAUGAGGUUCUGAGGGAAGAAAGUUUGGCGAUUGUUCGCUAUUGGGCCUAUACAGCGGUUGAAGAGCUGAAAUUGAUUAGUGAGGAGGUGGCCAUUCUUUUGCGGUUUCUAGAGCCGCAGGGGCCCUCUUCGCCUUUCCCUCCCCCUCCCCCUCCCCCAAUCAGUCGACAACCUCCACUCCUCAUCACUCGGGAAGAGAUUCAAGCUGCUGUCUUCGGUGCCGGCUAUCCAAGUUUGCCGACUAUGACUCUUGAUCACUUUGUUGAACUGCAGGUGCAACAAGGGCUGAUGCCACUGCCACAACCGGCUAAAGGCAACAAAGUAAACAAUAAAGGAGGCACAUGGCGACGUAUUAAUCCUUCGGAAACUGCAGAGGUCAAACAAGAAGCGGAAACAAGAGCAGCGAAGGAGGAUGCGCUGGAAGACGCGUACUCGGAAGAACAGCGGGCGAAAGCGCGCAAAUUUGACGAAUUCAAAGAUGAGCAUCGGCGUGGUUCUGGGAACCGUGCUAAUCGUGGUUUUGGCUGCGCUUCAAACAUAUUAUUCAAUUAUUUACAGAAGCGACGUGUUGAGGCGAUAAAUGCGGAGGAGCCGGCUUUCAUAAAGCGCUUUCGGGAGCGAUCCGGCAUGCGUCCAGAAGCCACAAUCGAGAGCAAAAGGGUACAACCGCGGUGUGGUGGAGACGACGAUGAAGAUUGGCGUGACAGGGAGGACGAAGCCCCCCAAGUGGUAGCUGGUAUUGGUGUUAGCGAGUCUGAGGCCAUCGACUUUGCUCAACGAAAUCUCGUUAAGAAACAACCCCAGACAAAGAAAUCAGGUGCGGAAAAUAACAACAAACCCACUGCUGAGGAAAUUGAAGCAGAACGGUCUGGCAGGGUGCUCUUUCGCAAACCAAAAGCCAAGGAAGAUAGCAAGGAUAUGAGGGAAAAGAGAGACAGAAGUGGGAGGAAAGGAGAAAACGAGGGGGUUAAAAAGACUGAAAUGGUGAAAAGGAACAAAAAAUCAGGAGGAAGCCUCUCUUUUAGCUAUGACGAUGAAGAGGAUGGGAUGCUUGAUUGCCCGUUUUGGCGUUCUGUGCAUGACUAUAGCCUCUCGACUCCUCCCUCCGCUGUUAGUAACUUUCUUCCACCCUGGCAAUGCCUUAUUAUGAACCUGGGGGCGAAUCAAGGAGCGACAAUUUGGCGGCGGAGGGAGCGCAGUCCACUCGGCGAGUAUCCCAAAAUGGGUGAGGAGAAGUUGGGCUAUCCCUAUACCCGGCCGCGGGUGCCUAUUUAUGCGACGUACGGCAGUCCCGGUCCUGUCUACAAACUGCCUCCAUUAUUGGGCGAAAAGGAUCACGACUUUGAGAGCAUUCAUAUAAAAGCUCCGGCUUACUCGUUCGGCCAUCAAUACAAGAAUCUCUAUUAUGAGGCUAGUCCGGGACCAGCUGCCUAUCCUCAAAACGGCAAGAUGACCAAUCAUGGUCUCAUGCAGGGUCCAGCUUACAGCCUGAAACAGAGAUUAGAUCCAGACUCCUCAUCGCCUGGACCUGGACCAGCUCAAUACCUUCCCAAUGACAAUGCGGUGCAUCCGAGAUCCCCGGGGUACCAGUUUGGGCUGGCAGCACCGGAUCUUCUCAAAAACCCCGGGCCCGCUCCGAACGCCUACUCACUGCCUCGACCAGAUAUUAUUAGUGGAAAGAUUUCAGCACCUCAGUACACUCUGACCGGCCGAAAUGAUGGUCUUUCUACACCAAAGAACCCCGGCCCAGCGGACUACACUAUCGGCAACCCCGAGAUCACCAAACCAUCUGCACCCAAGUUCUCCAUGGGCGCCACUUUACCGAUCCCCCUGAAGCCUAUGCCUGGUCCGGCUGAUUAUCGUGUAGACGACGUGACACUAACUCGACGCAGAGCACCCAAGUUCUCCAUGGGCAUCUACCACAGCCCCUACAAGUUGGAUAUCAUUGACAAAGGCAAAGAUGAUUGGUUGGAGUGCUGA